AUGGCUGAUCGUACUGGCGGUGGUUCAGGUUUCAAGUUUCAUCCUAAAUGUUUGAAACAAAAACUUACUCAUCUAUGUUUUGCAGAUGACCUCCUUAUCUUUUGUGAAGCCAGUUUGAGGUUUAUAAACACCAUGCAAGAUGCUUUGCUUGAAUUUGAAGAGUUAUCUGGUCUAAAAGCUAAUCCAUCAAAGAGUUCUUUCUUUUGUUAUGGAAUCUCUCCUAUGCAGGUGAAAGAAAAUUUGUUGAAAAGGAGGAGUUUCUGGAGUGUGAGUAUUCCUCAAAAUUGUUCCUGGAGUUGGAGGAAGAUCCUAAAGUUGAGGGAUAUUGCUAAAAGAAUCUUGAAGUUUGAGGUUGGUAAUGAGGAGAAUAUUUUUCUUCGACUGGAUUCUUGGCAUCCUUCUGGAAUUUUGUUUGAGGUUUUUGGGCAUAGGGCUGUCUAUGAUGCCUAUAGUAGUGUGGGGGCUAAGCUCUCUUCUGUCAUUCUUGAUGGAGACUGGUUUUGGAGACCAAAUAGGUCUGAGGCUCUAGUUGAGAUUCAAGCUAGGGUUCAUGAGAUAAGUUUUGGUCCUCAUGAUAAACCUUUAUGGAUUGUCUCUAGGAAAGGCACCUAUGUUAGCUCAGAAACUUGGGAUUUUCUUAGAGAAAAGAAGGAUGAGGCUGUUUGGUGGAAAUUGGUGUGGUUUCCACAUGCUAUUCCCAAGCAUGCUUUCAUUUUGUGGCUUGCUAUGCAGGAUAGGCCUUUUUUGAGUAAGUAG